AUGAAUUCGAGAAGUAACAUGUUCCAGAUAUUAAGGCACGAGGACAAAAUAAAAAAAAAAAGCAAACAAAUUAAAGAAGACCAAGAAAAAAAAGAAAAGGGCAAGGAAAAUGAGAAAAAGGAGGUGGCUAACUUUUCCUUUGACAUAAGUAAAUAUACCUCGUGGGCAGAUAUGGUUGAUGAGUAUGAUGAGUUUUUUUAUGAAGUUGAUAAAUUAAAGGAACAAGGUGGAAAUGGAAUAAAUAAAAAUCAGGAAAAAAAAAAAAAAAAAAAAAAAAAAAAAGUUAUCGAAGAAAGUGAUGAAUAUAGUAGUAGUGAUUCUGAUGACUCAGAAGAAAUCGAAAAUGAAGAAAAUAAUUUAAAUUCAAAUAAAAUGAAUAUAAAUGGAAAAAAGAUUAAUAAUACUCCUAAUAAAAAUAAGCCUAAUUUACCAGAAAAAAAGAAAAAAAAAAAAAAAGAAAAAGGAAAGUUUGACAAUAUAUUAUUAGAAUUCGCACAAAGUAAUAACAUAAAUAUAAAUCCUGAAAGCGAAAAACGGAAUGAAAAACAGAACGAAAAACAGAGCGAAAAACAGAAUGAAAAACGGAGCGAAAAUGAACCUACAGACUCCCCAAUGGGUAAAGACAGAAAUGGCAAUGAUCAGAAAUGUGAUGAUAAUGAAAAUGUUAAUAAAUUGAAAAAAAAAAAAAAAAAAAAUAAAAAAGGUAACGGAAAUAUAAAUGACGAUGAUAAAGAUGAAAAUAAAAAAGGUAACGGAAAUAUAAAUGAUGAUGAUAAAGAGAAAUCUGCAAAUAGUCAAAAUAUGUCCCAAAUUAAGCAGGUUGAUUCGUGUGAUAUAAAUAAUAAGAAUGAAGAUGAUGUAAAGGAAAUCGGAGUUAGUGAAAAAAUAAAAUUAUUAAUGAAUAAAAUUCAAAAUAAAAAAAAAAAAAAAGGAGGUAAAGUUGAUGAUAUUAUAGCUAUUGUUGAAAAGGAAGAAAAUUUAAAAAAAAAACAACAAGACAAAUUAAAACAAAAAGAAAAACAGAAAUUAAAAUUAUUACAAAAAUCGAUGCAAUAA